AAAGACAAGGUUAUAAUGUAGAAACAAUUAUUACCUUAAUAUUUGUUUUAUUAGUAACAAAUAUAUCUUUCUUCCGUUUUCUCAAUAGACUGAAAGGUUGUCUUUUUUUGAUAGUGUAGUCCGAAGACAACAACUUCCUGCGUUUUGUUCUAGGCGCGUUUCUCUCUUUCAAAAAAUUCGAACUGGCCCCCGAACACUUGAGCACAUCGGUCAUUCUGACAGUUACCGUAUGCGAUUUUCUGUUAACUUUCCGCGUGCAAUACUUUGUUCUUAUCGGCAAUGAUCUCUAUCUAAGCAAACUAAUAGGCUAAUUAAAUAACUCGUGUGAAAAUUAAAUGGUAAAUUCGCUGGUCGAAAUCAGUUGAAAACAACGAUUUAUAACCUUAAAAGUUAGAGGCAUCGAUUGAUGGGCGCUUAGACAACGAUUUAGCGCGUUCUACCGGAAACCGUCGUGUUGCGUGUAUCAUCGUAAAAUACCGAAUUUCGACGAAAUGAAGGAACCCGAGGUAGACCCGAAAAAUAUUAUAAAAAGCAGAGAAUUACUCUACAGGCUUAUGAUCAGUCAAUUAUUUUACGAUGGACAUCAAACAUUGGCUGUGCAACUAUCGAAUAUAAUUCAAGCAGAACCCCCGUGCCCUCCAUCAGACCGAUUACUUCAUUUAAUGUUGAUCGGAUUGGCUCACGAACCUGACCGUUCUAAAAAGGAUACAAGUAAUGUAUCUACAUUUUCAUCAACAUUUGAUAAUACUUUGGGGCCUGGUCUGGAUUUGGAAUUCGAAACAGAAGCUCAAACGCAAGCUCCGGAACCAGCACAAUACGAGACUGCUUAUGUUACGUCGCACAAAGGAAAUUGCAGAGCAGGAGCAUUCUCCGCGGAUGGUCAACUAAUAGCAACCGGAUCGGUGGACGCGUCGAUAAAAAUUUUAGAUGUUGAUAGGAUGUUAGCCAAGUCAGCUCCGGAUGAAAUGGCACCUGGCGAUCAAACGGGUGGUCAUCCUGUCAUAAGAACAUUGUACGAUCAUUUGGAAGAAGUGACUUGUCUAGAGUUUCAUCCAAGGGAACCUAUUCUUGUGUCCGGCAGCAGAGAUUUUUCCAUUAAGCUGUUCGAUUUUAGCAAGGCUAGUGUUAAAAAAGCAUUUAGAACUAUUACAGACGCGGAUCAGAUACGAUGUUUAUCUUUCCACCCAACCGGCGACUUUCUAGUUGUUGGAACUAAUCAUCCUGUCGUAAGACUGUAUAAUGUUAAUACAGCUCAGUGCUUCGUAUGUAGUAUUCCUAGCCACCAACACACCGCUGGAAUAACUAGUAUCAAAUAUUCUCCAGAUGCAAAAACUUAUGCAUCGGCUGGUAAAGAUGGGAGCAUAAAAUUAUGGGAUGUAGUGUCGAACAGAUGUAUAAAUACGUUUGUAAAGGCUCACGAUGGUUACGAAGUAUGUUCAGUAACAUUUACAAGGAAUGGAAAGUAUUUACUGUCAUCGGGAAAAGAUUCCUUGAUAAAAUUAUGGGAGCUGUCCACUAGCAGAUGUUUGAUAGCGUAUACAGGUGCUGGAACUACAGGUAAACAAGAACACAAGGCACAAGCUAUAUUUAAUCACACCGAAGAUUAUGUAAUGUUUCCCGAUGAAGCAACAACAUCGCUUUGUGCAUGGAAUUCUCGAAAUGCGUCUAGAAAACAAUUACUGUCAUUGGGACACAAUGGUCCGGUGCGACUGAUUGUGCACUCACCGACUGCCCCAGCAUUCUUGACAUGUAGCGACGAUUUCAGAGCAAGAUUUUGGUUUAGAAGGAUGCCAACUCAUUAAAUCGAUAUUGACGACGAAGAGGAUAGAUAGAAGUUGAACAUUCGAUAUCGUGACACCAAGUACAAGUGCGAAAGCAUGAAGAGAAAAAGAGCUACAGCUAACGAUUAAAAAACGACAAUAUAUAAGAAUAUGUGUGUAAGUUUGUACAAAAGACUUUGUACAAUCAGUUCUAUGGUGAUCAUAUAUUCGGCUGUCGUACCUCGAAGUACGAAACAUUGAUUGAAACGAUAUGCAAUUUAAUUUUAAAUAUUGUACAUAUCCGCCUCGUUUCUCGUUUUGAAGUAAAGCUGACGUUAUUUUCUUUCGAUAACAACUUAUAUGAAUGUUAACAUUUAGUAAUGCUGCAAAUAUGUAACGAAAUGGCAAGAGACGCGAUUUAUGCGUCCAUUAAAUGGUCGACUAUAAUACUUGAAAUUAAACGGCUCAAAAUGUU